CUUUUUCAUUGAUCGUCAUUGUUUGAUUUUUGGCUGAACUUCCAUUACAAAUCCCGCCGCAUACACACCACAUCCCAUAUCCCGGUCUUCAUAUCAACCAAACAACCCCACCAAAAAAAUACCGUAGAUUAUUGCUGUUUUUCAGCCUUCUUGAUUCCUUGCCUGCUGGCUGGCUGCCCCCCCCCCCUCACAACGACGAUGGACGCGUUCAGCAGCGACGAUCCGUUCAUCGACCAUCUCCUCGAGCUGGCGUUUGGCGUGGACACGUUCGCUCUGCUCGACCCGAGCGAGAUGCACAUUCUGAGCGCGCCGUCGCUCUUCCCGACCAUGCACCCGUCGUCCCUCGGAGCAAGCGUCGAUCCGUUCGCAGCCGCUCGACCACAGCAGAUUGCCGCUCCUGCUAGCAACAACGAAUUCUCCGUGCUGUACUCGACCACCACCACGACGACGGAGGGGGUCCCAACGACUACGAGUCCUAUUGCUACCAACAACUCGAGCCAGCUGCCAGCGGAUGAUCACGAGCGAAAGAGCCGUGGCAAUGCAGCAAGAACUCGUCGUGACAAAUCGCGCGAACUGCGUGUCGGAAGCGCGUCGUCCGAAGCUCGCGGGACUUCCGGGACUUCCAUCGGGAUGAACUCGACGACGACGACGACGACGACGUCGAAAAACCCGGAGCCAGCGUGGAUUGAGGGCUCUGUGGUUGAACCGUCCGAACAAUCUCGCUUGCUCGUCGACCCAUUUCUUCUGAGUCAAUACGGCGAGCGGCCAACUACUUCUACGAGUGUCUCAGGAGCGGAUGCCACCACAUCGCCGACCACCACCACCACCACUACCACCUCCACCAAGUCGCAAAACUUUCAACAAGCAAACACGCCCGGUUCGUUUGUCGACUGGCUCAAUGCUACCAGCUCUCCCGCCACCGCAACAGCGCUACUACCAACAGCAGACCAGAGCGACACGAGUGCAGAAGACUUGUCGCAAGUGGAAAUGCUAUUACAGUUCCAGCAGCAAAUGAAGGAACAGCAGCGGCAGCAUCAGAUUCAUCAGCAGCAAGUCCGACAGUCGUCAACGUCACUGCCCGGCUCGACCGCCAUGAGCCGUUCCCACAGCCAAUCCAAUUUGUUUCAAGCAGCAGAACCCACUGCGUCGGCGCCGCCACCCACCACCAUCAACCAGCUGGAUCCGCAGCAACGCGUCUUUUUCGACUCGAUUCCGGCGCCAGGCACGGCCACGUCGCGCUCGUCGCGCCUCUCGUCACCGCGAGACUCGCGGCCAUCCACGCCGCGAGGAGCAAAGCGAAGACAGAGCGAAGCCGAGUUGGCUCCACAGCAACAACAGGAACACCGUCAGGCGAAUCUUCAACAGCAGUUGCUUAGUAUAACAACCUUUGAAAAUGCAUUCCCAACGACGCGUGGUUCUAUUGUCGAUCCGUUCGCAGUGGACCAAACGCGGUCUGUGGCAGCACCGAGCGCGACCGCCGUUCCCUCGGCGCCCUUCCUUUCCUCUGCUGCCGCUGCAGCCGCUGUUGCUGCUGCUGCUGCUGCUCCUGCUCCUGCUCUUGCCCCAAUUCCUGCGACCACAUCCUUGCCACCAGUAGUUCCCCCUAUCGCCCCGGCCGCCUUUCCAUUCUUGCCGCCGCCGCCUCUGCCGGCUGCUGUUGCUGCUGCGGAUCCAAAUGCGGCCAAUAUGGCCGCAAACCCAAUGUUCGCUGCCAUGGUCGCUGCCGCCACCGCCAGCCCGGCGUUUACCACGUACCUGGCAUACUUCCAGGGCAUGAUGGCCCAGCAGGCUGUCACCGCUGCGGCCACGUCGAGCGCCACGACCUCCGCAGGUGGAUUUCCCGCGAUUCGGCCGGCGCUCCCAGCGUUUUUGGGCGGAAUGCAGCCGGCUGCACCACCUACCGCAAUGGCCACCCCGCUGCCCAGCGGCUCUGCGCGAAAGCGCGAGGUGGAUCCCAACGAGGAUGCUGAGCUGCGGGACAGACGCGAGCGGAACAGUGCCGCCUCGGCGCGGUUUCGUGCCAAGCGGCGCCAAGAGCUGCUUGUUGCCGAGCAGAAGGCUUCGCAGCUUGGCAUUCGGUACAACGAGCUGCAGUCUCGCAUUGCCUGGUUGCGAUCUCAAAAGGAGCAGCUACUGGCAACGCUCGCUGAACUUGGUGGACCCGCCGCCGCUUUGGAGCCCAUCCCUCCAAGGCCUAUUCCCCCGCAACCGUCCGCGACGCCGGUUGCAAUCUCUCGCGCUUGAACGAGCAGAUGAGAGCAUUCAUUGUUAUGCAACAUUGUUAAAAUUUCGUUUCUAC